AUGCCGGCUGUUCCGUCUGUAUCGAGGCAGCAAGCCGUCGAGGCGAUCGAGCAGCAGUUUACGCUCGACAAGCCGUUGCUCGAAUCGCUUAUCGCCCGCUUCCAGGAGCUCUACGACUACGGCCUCGCUAACCACGGUGCCGAAAUGCAGAUGCUCCCCUCGUUCGUCACCGGUGUGCCCACUGGCUCGGAAAAGGGCACCUAUCUCGCACUCGACUUGGGAGGAACCAACCUGCGAGUCUGCGAGGUGGCUCUCGACGGAAAGGGCACUUUCGCCAUCAAGCAGGAGAAGUACAAGGUGUCCGACGAGCUCAAGCAGGGUCCCGUUCGCGAUCUCUUCGACUACAUGGCUACCAGCGUGGACACCUUCCUCACCGACUUUGGCACUACCUCGGUCGAAGAUGUGCUUCAUCUCGGCUUUACAUUCAGCUUCCCCGUCGAGCAGUCGGCGAUCGACCGCGGCCACCUCAUCCACUGGACCAAAGGCUUCAACUGCCCCGACGCUCCCGGCAAGGAUGUCGUCCGACUACUGCAGGACGCGCUCGACCGCAAGCACAUCAAGGUCAAGUGCAGCGCUCUCGUCAACGACACCGUCGGUGCCCUGCUUGCGCACGCCUAUGCUUCCAACGGUGCGCUCAUGGGUUGCAUCUUCGGAACGGGCACCAACGGAGCUUAUCUCGAAGACAUCUCGAAAAUCAAAAAGCUCAAGAUCGCAGAAGGCUCCAUCACCCACAUGGUCAUCAACACCGAAUGGGGUGGAUUCGACGACGAGCGCAAAGCGCUGCCCGUCACCAUCUUUGACAACCAGGUCGACAGGGAAUCCAUCCGUCCAAGGAACCACAUCUUUGAGAAAAUGAUCAGCGGCAUGUACCUCGGCGAGGUGGCGCGCUGUAUUUUGCUGCAUCUCAUCGACCAGCUCGUGCUCUUCCAGGGCUUCUCGUCCAAGCUGCUCAAUACGCAAUACGCUUUCGAUACCGCAUACAUGUCGGCCAUCGAGGCAGACGAGGAGGACGCUGCGUCGCCAUCAAGCCCUACGCGCAAGGUGCUCGUGCAGACGCUCAAGAUCAAGGACGAGCACGUUUCCACCGAGGACAUCGAAACGGUGCGCACCGUUUGCAAGGUCGUCGGCACACGCGCAGCAAGGUUGAGCGCUGUUGCCAUCGCUGCUACCAUGGUGCAGACCGAUAAUGUCAAGAGUGCUGGGCCCAACGACGCCGGCGUCAAGGUCGGCAUGGACGGAAGCGUCAUCGAAUACUAUCCAUACUUUGAGGAACGCAUGCGAGGAGCUCUACGCGAUUUGAUCGGUGAAGAGGGAGAGAAGCGCGUCAAGAUCGGGCUCGCCAAGGACGGAAGUGGUGUAGGAGCUGCAUUGGGCGCGCUUCAAGCCGCCAAACAGGCCGCGAGCGGUCACCGUGUCGAGACCUGA